CUUCCCGGGGCCGUCCCACAGUCCGAACUGAAGUUAUCAGACAGCCAGGCACAGGCUACUCACCUCCCUCCUUUCUCCUCUUCUUCUCCUUCUUACUUCUUUUCUGCAUCUUAUCGCAAUCCCGUCAUCAUUCCUGUAUGGUGGAUAUUAUUUUCAACUCUUCUUUCUUGGGUGAUAUGGGGGAUCAUUCCAAAAAGAAGUCCGGAUUCGCGAUGUGUGUAGGCUGUGGAAGUCAGAUACAUGACCAGUACAUUCUGAGAGUUUCCCCGGACCUGGAGUGGCAUGCAGCCUGCCUGAAGUGUGCAGAGUGCAACCAGUACCUGGAUGAGACAUGCACUUGCUUCGUACGGGACGGAAAAACCUAUUGCAAAAGAGAUUAUGUAAGGUUAUUUGGAAUAAAAUGUGCAAAAUGUAACCUGGGAUUCAGCAGCAGUGAUUUGGUGAUGCGAGCCCGGGACAACGUGUACCACAUCGAGUGUUUCAGAUGUUCCGUGUGCAGCAGGCAGCUCUUGCCGGGGGAUGAGUUCUCUCUCCGGGACGAGGAGCUGCUGUGUCGGGCGGACCACAGUUUACUAAUGGAGCGGAGCUCUGCCGGAAGCCCAAUCAGCCCCGGACAUAUCCACUCCAACAGAUCACUACACUUAGCAGCAGAGCCGGUGACAGUACGGGCACCACACCGAAACCACGUCCACAAGCAGUCAGAGAAGACAACACGAGUGCGAACCGUUUUGAACGAGAAGCAGCUCCACACGUUACGGACCUGCUACAACGCCAAUCCGCGGCCAGAUGCGCUAAUGAAGGAACAACUGGUGGAAAUGACCGGCCUCAGCCCAAGGGUUAUUCGAGUUUGGUUCCAGAAUAAAAGAUGCAAAGACAAAAAGAGAUCUAUUCUCAUGAAGCAACUUCAGCAGCAGCAACACAGUGAUAAGACUGUAAGCAUCUUCAGUCUACAGGGGCUCACAGGUACGCCUCUGGUUGCCAGAAGCCCUAUCAGACACGACAACACGGUGCAGGGUAACUCGGUGGAGGUGCAGACCUACCAGCCUCCCUGGAAGGCCCUCAGCGAGUUCGCCCUGCAGAGUGAUCUGGACCAGCCGGCCUUUCAACAACUGGUGUCUUUCUCGGAAUCGGGUUCAUUGGGAAACUCCUCCGGCAGCGACGUGACUUCUCUGUCAUCGCACUUACCCGACACCCCGAACAGCAUGGUACCCAGUCCCGUGGAGACGUGAGACCGGGCCACCAGCCUCGGUUCCAGGCCUAGCAUGUUCCCGCCCCUGUCCCCGGUCCCCUGCAUGUGACCAGCUCAUCACAGCGUCCUAAAGACAGAGGAGUCGUUUCGGACAUGGAGAGGAAAAUGACAUAUUCUCAAUUUUGAACAAUUACCUAACGGCACUAUAAAGCAACGCGUACGAAAGCCCUUCUUCUUAAGACAGUUCAGCAUUUUUGAGGAUAUCAGUGACAAAACAAAAACGAACUUCGUUGCAUGAACCGAAAGAAGAUAGAAGAUUCUCGUGAUGGAUUUACAAAACAGCCCCCCUCCAUAUUACAUUGGAGCCAUUUGAUGUCGAACCAGAUGGACAUUCUUCAAUUCAUUGUGAACAUGUCGUGUCUUGGUUUCUUUAUGUGAUUUUUGAUACAUUUAUUUCGUUAUCAAGCCCAUAGACUCGUGUGUUUGUCUUAAAAAGGAGCAUGAUUUCCGAAGAUUAUAUAAAACAGAUUCUUGUUGUUAAAUAUUUUAUCUUAAUAGGAAGAGGGCAGGUUGUUUGAGCCUCUCUAACAAAAGUAAGUUAUUGUUAUUUAUUGUCAGGACAACGAUUCAUAAAGGAAUUAAUAACUGAUCAAAAAUAAAACUGUUAAAAUCUUUAUAAUGUCUAAGGUACACAGUCUUUGCAUAAACUCUUGUAGAAUUUCCCAAGAUAGGCUUACACCCCCGUUCCCCCACUCAGCCUGUGGCAUGCAGUUCAUCAAGUUGACCAGUGGUUAUUUAAGCGAGAAACAUCAAAACCUUCAACCAAAGGUAUUCCCAAAACGAGUAUGCUUCACGCAAACCUUAUAGGCCCCCAGUUCCCCGAGCUUCUAAACCACAUAGGUGUAGGCCUAUAUGCAACAAAUAAAACACCAAUAUAUUUCUGAAUUUAUCAAAAAUAAUAAUUGUGCUAACAAGGUGAAUAAGUUAGGCUUUAAACCACUGCAAAAAGAGGCCUGUUAAAAUUGCGAUAUAAAAUGAUGGAUGAAAACGUCAACGAUCGAAUACUGAGGGUCCAUUAAUGAAAGCAUUUGCAUAUAAAUGUUGAAUGUUAUGACUAUUAUCAGGCUAAUCUGAUAGGCCUAUUGAUUUGGGGGAAAUAUUUAUAAUCAUGUUAAUAUGUUAUUUUUUACGCAGGCUAUUUCAUCAUUUUAACUUUAAAAAACAUUGGAGCUUAAAAUUUGUAUGUGGAAUGAACAAUAAUAUGAUUAUAUAUUUUGAAAGUAAAUAAGACACCCUCAAUUUGAGGGUUUGCGCAGCCUACCUAAUGCUUAACAUAACCGUUUUUCUGAGGCUGGGAGAUUGGAAUUAAGGUGGAUUGGCUUCUGGUCAUUUACUUUCUAGUGGCGAAUUCUUGUUGUGAUCAAUCCAGUUUCACUGGUUAAAUCACAAGUCUAGACAGCCAACAAGGAUCGGCGGCUUCUUAUCUGCGCCUGGCAUCACCUGCAAACGAUACAUUGAAUGAAGCCACAACAAACCCACUGCUCUCUUUGGAAAGAGCUAGUUUAGGGGAGAGACCAGCUCGUAAACCCACCCUAAUCUGGCCACAGUUUAUUUUCAUUCCACUCAGUCAAUUGCGUUAUUACGCACGGGUCAGACGUCUCAGUAAUGACAUCUCAGACCAAGUACCUUUGUGUGUUUUUAACCGGGCUACGUAAAGACUAGGCUACCUGGACACAAUUAGUUAACACUCAUCAAAUAAUUUGAGAUAAUAAGAACAAUUAACAAAACAAAUACAGUAGACUAAGACGAAAUGUAUAGACUAUUAUUAAUUAUCCCAUUUGUAGUUGGCUAUAAAUUCCGUUUAAAAGUGGGUCUAACUUAUUCUUUUAAUGUCUGACCAUACUUUCACAGGAUCAAAAUAGACUCAUGAAUGGAACUAUAUCUUGUAGAUUUAAUUUAAUAUGUAUUAAACAUCACUAUCCUAAUUCAACUCAACUAUUGGCUAGGCCUACGAUUUAUUGAUUGAUUGAUUUCAUUAUAGUGUCAUGCAUCUUCAUGAUUCCCAGCACACAUGGGCGUAUACACUGUAAUAAUAUUAUCAUACUUAUAUAUGGACACACUUACCUACCUACCUACCUACCUACCUACCUACCUACCUACAUACAUACAUACAUACAUACAUACAUACAUAAACAUUUGCAUUCCUAAUGAAAUUAAAACAACUGAAAACCCAAAAACAAAAACCUGUAUCUAAAUCGGAAGUUUGAAUGACAAUGGGUAGAUAAUAGAUGUGUAAUUGAGCUGUUUUAGAGACUUUGCAGGAAACAAUGCUGCCUGUUAGAGAUAACCGGAGAUAACCAGAAGUUACUGACAGAGGAAUAACAAUAUUGGUGCAUCUAGCCUGGAGAGGAAAGUUUCAAGAGACAAAUGUCCUAGAUACACAUUUAUUAUACUGUAGAUUCAUAACAUUUACAAAGUUGUAUUCUUCACUUUAAGGUAAAACACAUUUCAACCCUAUACACUCAAAAUGCCUGGAAUGUUUGAUUUGGAUUGUGAAUUAAGAGUGGGCAAAAUAGUGUGGGAAAAGGAUAGGCCUAUGGUCAUUUUGUUGGAAUUGGUAGGCUAUUUCAAACACAAUCGAAAAAUCGAAGCGAGAUCAUAGGUCAAAUAAACAUGUCAACUUUAUCAAACCUUAGUCAAUCUGACCUAUUUCUUUGCAGGAAUUUCAGAGUAGGCCGUAGCAAAAAUACUGCAUGAUAUCCUGUCGAAUUGGUUGAAUUUCAGAUGGAUUUUAACCUAUACUUCUCAUAUCUAUUGAUAUCUUACCACAUUAAAAACAACUUAAUCAUAUGAAAUCAUGUUUUAUUAGACUUUUAAAAAAUACCACACGACAGCCAUCACAUAAUCCUAUAACAUCAACCUGAAUUCGCUUUAAUUUUUGCUUUGCACAGGGCAGCCUGGAGAAGACCAUUGCAUAUUUACAUUUAUUUUAUUACGUUUCCAUUUGAGCUUGCUGAUAACCGCGCCAGUAAAGGCCUGUAUGAUUUAAUCACUAAUUGCAAAAGAAAAUAUAAAAUCAUGAUUUACAAAAUUCCAUGAAAACGAUUGGCCAGUGUAAACAGAACAUUCAAGAAAAGUCAUGCACGCAAAGUUUGGAACGUUCGAAAAACUUAAGAUGGUGCAACAUUUAUGUAGUAUCUGUUGUUGAUCUUUUGUCAGCUUUUCAAUGGGCGUGUCUAUCCAUUGCGUUAAACCAGAACCACAACAAACACUAUUAACACCCGCUCCCGGGAGCGUUCUGAGCAGGCGCGCGCGCGCACACACACACACACACACACACACACACACACACACACACACUGAGAAAGGGAAUAAAUUACAUGUAUUAAUUGCGAACUAGAGAGACACUCCAGAAUUUCAACAUUACAACAAUAUAUGGUCUAACCGAAUGACAACCCGUUUUCUGAGCUAGUCCUGUCAACCAAUAAAUUGAUCCCAUUCAAAAAAAUGAAUAGUUAUGUUUUAGAGGAGUAAAGAAUUACUCGAAUGAUUUCAAUCCAUUUAUUCAGUCAUAUAGCCUAUCUUUGCAUUUGCAUCUGUGUUUGCGUCUUUAGUUCAGCGGACACUUGCAUAAUAUAUAUAAUUCACGUUUUAUUGACUCCUCUCAUUAAUGUGUUUGAUAAAAUAAGGACUGCUGCCAACUGUCUCGGUCUAAAAAUAACAGAGGGCAUUUAGUUGCUACCUGGUCACUCAGUGCAACUGGACUCUUCUGAAGGGCAUUGUACCACAUCAUGAAUGAUUGAAUACACCAAACAAUUUACAUAAGUCAAGGUGUGAUGCAACACUCUAAUUGGUUGGACUUGUGAAAUCGAAUUGCAGGUCCUGUUUGGAUAGAUUCCAGCGUGUUGUCCCAGUCCCAUCAGCGGCCGUGCGAAGUGAAUGGAGCAGUACUGUAUAGCGCGCCGGUUACAGUGGCCCAGACUUGACUUACCAAUGUUCCACACCGAGAAGGGGUGUGUGUGGCUGGCAUCAUUCUUCCGCUAAUUAGUGUAAUACCAAAAGAGCCAAAUACAAACUAAUAAUGCAUAUUUUGGGCUGUAAUAAAACCAUAAUAACUUUUGUAUAAAAAAUAAUGACAGAUACAUUUAACGUUUAAGGUUUAAUUGAAUAGUAGCCUAUACACAUUUGCAGUUAAAAGAUGAAUGCCAAGGCAUGAUCGUGGAAGAGAGGCCGCCAUACUGACCUGGAAGGAAAAGCUGCAAGUCCAACAUCUCAAGGGAAUCACUCUGACAGCUUGAUUUAAUAUAGAGACUAUGGGGCGUUUUAAAAGAGACAAAUAAGAGGGCUGGGAGGAGAGAGUAGCAUGCAACAUUGUAUACUGAGGAAUAACAAUGAAAACUAAGGGUUAAAGUCAAGUUAAAUGAUGAGCAAUGGCAGUUACCACUGAUGUGAUCCAUGCAGGGAAUGAGAACGGCUUAUUGACCCUUACUCGACUACGAAAAGGCUGGGAGGAGUUUACGCAAGUAAUGUGUCCCCUUUACCGAGGAAUUUUCACUAUCACUAGCUACAUCACAUACAUUAGAUAAUAUUAUUGUUCCUGCUUACAAUGGGUUUGUCAAAAUACUGUACAUAUUUUUUGAAGGAUCCUCCUUUUUGUCCACAGCUAAAUGUUAUUUUGACUCCAUCUGUCAACAAAUAAAUUAUCAACA